AUUUAUCACAAUAACAUUAAAUGACGCAAUCACUCAGAUGCGCAAUUCACAGAAAUUAACACAAGUAAAGUCAAAUAGUGUAUCUACAUAACUAUAAAUAAAUAAUGCAUCACGAUUUCGACAUGUACAUUGUACACGGUUUCGGGAUAUGUAAAGUCCCGAUAUUAUACUAUCUUAGUGUAUAAAACACGGCUCGUUUUGUUCAACUUCAUAAGUCAUUACCAAGUUCGUACUGCGUACUUAGGUACUCUGUGAUUAAAAUAUACCUUUUAUAAUAAUCGUCAAAAUAAUCAAUUAAAAUGAAAUUAACUAAAGUGUUUGUGAUUUUCAUCGUGGUGGUUGCACUUCUGGUGCCUUCUGAAGCGGCUCCAGGAAAGAUACCCGUGAAGGCAAUUAAAAAGGCGGGCGCAGCGAUUGGUAAAGGUCUCCGGGCGAUUAACAUAGCCAGCACUGCGCAUGAUGUCUACACCUUCUUCAAACCAAAACACAAGAAGAAACAUUAAGAUAACUUAUAGUACCUUUAUUUAAUAUAAGCACAUUUCUUGCCUGUGGCUCUAGGAUGUAAAAAAUAGUCUAUAC